AUGUCGGCUACUACGGAGGAAGCAGCGCCGCCUAACACUCACUCCAGAAGGGAGAGAGCCUUCCUGGGGCAACUACCGAGCGAUUUCCUCCGCGUAGAACCGGCCUCAACGGCGGCUCACCCCUCUUCCUCCGGGGACCAGCCUCACCUUGCACCAAUGAGUUUUGGAAGACCAGCGGCUCACCAGCGCCCUCAUGAGGCAAUGCUCGGGAGACUCAAAGUUACCAUUGCUCAGGCCAAGCUGUCUAAGAACUACGGGUUCACAAGGAUGGACCCAUACUGUCGCAUCCGCAUCGGCCACUCUGUCUACGAGACACCCACUGACCUGAACGGCUCUAAGAACCCUCGCUGGAACAAAGUGUUCAGCUGCAACAUACCACGUGGGAUAAACAGCAUGUACAUUGAGAUUUUCAAUGAGCGCUACCUGGCUCUGGACGACCGAGUGGCGUGGGCCUACUUCCAGUUCACCAGUGACAUGUUCAGUGGAGAGACGAUAGAAGAGUGGGUGGCCCUGUCGGGGAAACAGGGGGAGGGGCAGGAGGGAAACAUAAACAUCAUCCUCUCUUUCACUCCUGCACCCCCAGCCGCGUCCUACCAGAUGGGGGCCUACGGCAACCAGCCAGUCAGUAUGGCCCCACCGGGGAUGCCAGGGGCACAAAUGUUGUACGGAGGCGGCUAUCCUCCUACUCUGUCUCAGCAGCACCAAAUGCAACAAAUGCAACAGCUCCAACAGCAGCAGCAGCAGCAACAGCAACUUGCAGGGAUGCAGCAGGCGACGCAGCGACCGCAGAUCAAGGACGAGGACGUCUCGCGGCUCCAGGAGAUGUUUCCGACCCUCGACACGGACGUGGUUCGCUCCGUCCUCGAGGCCCAUCACGGAGUGCCCGACUCUGCUGUCACUGCUCUCCUCCAGAUGACAGAGACCUGAUUAGCUACAAUCAGGACCGUACAACCCCAAUUUCGGACACACUGACUUGUAUAACAUUAUAAUUAUGCACACAUGAACACACAUUGUGGCUCUCUGGAGAGUGUAUAUAUACUUGGACCUGAUGUCUGAUUCCGUCAAUGCUUUUUUAUUAGUAGCCUUAGCAAUUUCCUGUGUAUAGAUUGGUGGAGUAUUGUGUACGUAUUAUGUACGUAUUCAAGUGCACUGCAUACUACCAAAGCAGCUCUGGGUUAAACUAUAAUACCAUUUUGUUCUCCAACCCACCGUCGCAAUAAAAUCAAAGCUUGCCUGCACCAGAAAACGACUCAGAGCUGCUUUGGUAAAUGUGCAAAACCCUCACAGAGUGUGAAUGUAGGCUUAACUGCUGUGAAUGUAUGCAUUAAUAUAGGUGUUGGUUGUCCUAUAUAGAGUGUCUAUGAUGUGUUGGGUGUCUGUUGUGUCCACUUCUUGGACAAGAUAAAGGCAUGCAACUAAGAAAGGAAGUGGAUUUAGUGCGCCUAACGCUGAUGGUUGUUUGUGACUCAGUCUUUAAAUGAAGUAACAAGACUAUCACUAAGUACGGUAGUAGUUAGUAUAAUGACACAGGUUGUCCUGCAUUAUGCCCAAACAUUUGAGAUUUUCAUGUUUCACUUUCAGUUUCAAUCAUAUCCAACUUUUGACACAUCAGAUUGAUCCGUAUCGUCACACAAAGAGCAUGUAUCCAAGAAAUGGCUUAAAUCGCAUAAUCUGUACUUGAUUUAUUCAAGAAAGCUAGUUUUCAAAAUUGUUGUUGUUCAGUUUAGACGCGUAUCUCAAAAAACCAGCUAAGAUAUGGAGAUGGAACUUUGCACAGAGAUUGGAAUCCAUGACAGGUCGUGCAAGAGCAUUUUUUUCCAUCAAACAUUACAAGUUUGUAAACAACAACAAACAGCCUCAAGGCAAUUGAAAUGUGCUUGUGCAUAUAACUUGCU